CGGCCUCUCAGAGCCAUGACCGAGUGGACUCUGCUGAAGCGCCUGCUGGACGCCGUGCACCAGCACUCCACCAUGAUCGGCCGCCUCUGGCUGACCGUGAUGGUCAUCUUCCGGCUUCUGGUGGUCGCUGUGGCGGCGGAGGACGUGUACGCGGAUGAGCAGGAGAUGUUUGUGUGCGAUACGCUGCAGCCGGGUUGUCUGAACGUGUGCUACGAUGCCUUUGCGCCCAUUUCUCAGCCGCGAUUCUGGGUUUUCCACAUCAUUGCCGUCUCCACGCCAUCACUCUGCUUCAUCAUCUACACCUGGCACAACCUGGCCAAGCGGGCACCAAGCUCCCCUGCCAAAGAGGCUUGUGGUUUGAGCUGUGACUCUGACAGCUGCUCCAUUACAUCCCACAGGCACCUGGGCCACAGCCUGGUCAAUGUCCUGGAAGAGAUUGGAGCCCGCAACGAUGGAAGCUCUUCAGGAGUUCUGUCCAAAAUCUACGUCUUUCACGUGUGUUUCCGGGCCAUGCUGGAGGUGGGCUUCCUCGUCACCCAGUGGCUUCUGUUUGGAUUCCAUGUUCCGGCUCACUUUGUCUGCACCGUCCCACCUUGUUCCCAAAGAGUGGACUGCUACGUCUCGCGGCCGACAGAGAAGACCAUCUUUCUGGUGUUCAUGUUCUCUGUGGGAGCCUUCUGCAUCUUCCUCAACUUCCUGGAGCUCAACCACCUUGGCUGGAAGAAGAUCAAAAAGUCCAUGAGCAUGAAGGACGGUUAUGGGGCCACAAAUCAUGAUGGACGGUCUAUGACCUCUCUGACCUUCAGAGAAGUGACCAGCACCACUUCUCUGCCAACACUGGACCUGGUGCUGGAUCAUCGGCCUGAUUGGACGUGUGCUGGAAACUGUUCUCCAGUCAAAGAAAGAAGAGAAGACUCGGUGCAGAAAGAUGUACACAACCCAAAUGGGAAAAUACAGCCGCAUAAAGGAAAAUCAACCAAAUCAAGAGGUGCUGAGGUGUGGAUAUAA